UUAUGAUUCGCUCGACCCGCCUGGUCGCCUCACUCUACUCGCCCGAGUCCGGCUGCGUCUUCCUCUCUCUCCGCCGUUCUCUGAACUCCCUCGCGCAAUUCUCCACCGUCAGGAAUCUCAGAUUUGCGUCCUCUACCAUCGACGGCGGUCUGCGUCAGCGCGAACCGAUACGCCCCCUGAUGGACGCGGAAUCACCUUUGCCCGACCCGGCGUCAGCCGAAAACUUUGUCCACGUCGAGAACCCUAUGAUUGAGGAUUUGUCCGAUAGCAUCGUAGGCGUCGAUGCGCCGAGGGAUGAGUACGACGACGGCAUUUCGAUGACCGCCGUGGCUGAGAGUUUCGAACAGAGGAGGUUUCUUCCUGAGGAGCUGUCGAGGAGCGUGGUGGUGCUCACUUGUGAGUCCACGGCUGAGGGCGGCGUUUGCGACGUGCAUCUGGUUGGAACGGCACACGUUUCGGUGGAGUCGUGCAGAGAAGUUGAAGCCGUGAUCAGCUAUUUGAAACCAGAGGUUGUCUUCUUGGAGUUGUGCUCGAGUCGAGUGGCGGCACUCACCCCUCAGAAUUUGAAGGUACCGACGAUGGGAGAAAUGAUUGAAAUGUGGAAGAAAAAGCACAAUGCCUUUGGCAUUGUUUACAGCUGGUUCCUUGCAAAGGUUUCAAGUAGGCUUGAGGUGUUUCCCGGUGCUGAGUUUCGUGUAGCAUAUGAAGAAGCAAUGAAGUAUGGUGGUAGGGUGAUACUUGGUGAUCGCCCAGUGCAGAUUACCUUACGAAGGACGUGGGCAAAGAUGCCACUUUGGCAUAAGAUAAAACUGCUAUAUUCCUUACUUUUCCAAGCUGUCUUUCUACCAAGUCCCGAUGCUCUUAAUAGUAUGCUUAAGGAAAUGGAUGAUGUUGACAUGCUGACGCUUGUGAUUCAAGAGAUGAGCAAGGAGUACCCCACUCUAAUGGAAACACUCGUACAUGAGCGAGAUCAGUACAUGUCAUCUACAUUACUGAGAAUUGCCAGCGAGCAUCGUUCAGUAGUUGCAGUAGUGGGAAAGGGGCACCUCCAAGGAAUUAAGAAGCAUUGGCAGCAGCCUGUUGUGGUGAAGGAUCUUAUGGUAAUUCCAUCACAAAAGUCCUUUUUUACCACCGCAAGGAUCCUUAAAUCUUUGGGUGUCGCGGUAACUGGGGUGGCCAUAGUAUCAGGCAUCUAUCUUGCAUCCAAGAGGAAGUAAAGCUCAGAAAUAUACACCAUGUGAUUCUUUGUUGUUGAGCAAUACUACCGAUUACCCGAGGGAAAAUGUACUAGAAGUAGAGUUUUUUUUUUCCUCCCACCCAAAUAUCUGAAUCCAUUAUACUGCCAACCAAUUGGUGUGGAUUUUCGCAGUUGCCCGUCGGAGGCGGCCAACUGCCUUUGUUAUUUUCGUUUUAUACAGUUUGUGUUGCAUUACCUGUACUUUUAAGCCGUUUUUGCCCUUUGAUCAACAGAAUGUUUCUCUGAUUUUGUAAA